CGCGAGGUGAGCGAAGCCUUAUGCUCCGCUCUGUGUCGCGCUCCGCGGCGAGGAUAGCUCCCAGCAGCGGCACGUACCGCACGCUGGCGCUCAAGUCUGGCCAGUGGGUGCGGAAUAAGGACGACCUGCACACCGAAACUAAGCUCGUGCACGCCGGCGUCGACCCUGACCCCAUUACCGGCGCCAUCCUCACGCCGGUCUACCAGUCGACGACGUACGUGCAGGAGUCGGUCGACGAGUAUCUCGCCAAGGGCUACUCGUACUCGCGCACAAACAACCCCACGGUCACCGUCCUCGAAAACAAGAUCGCAGAGCUCGAGGGCGGCUACGGUGCCGCUUGCUUCAGCACCGGCAGGGCUGCGACCAUCGCGGUGAUCACCUCAACGAUGCAGGCGCGAGAGGGGGUAUCGGCGGCGGGCGACCACUGCGUCAUCACGAACUGCUCGUACGGCGGCACCAACCGCGCGUGCCGGACCCUCUUCACCGACAUGGGCAUGGAGUUCGACUUUAUCGACUUCACCGAGCUGGUUGGCGGCGCGGUGGUCGCGGCCUCGCCCGAGCUGCACGAGCGCGUCAAGCACAUGCAAAACGCCUUCUACACGCUGCAGACGGCCAAGACGCUCGCGCUGCGCGUGCGGCAGCAGUGCGAGAACGCGCAGGCGAUUGCCGAGUUCCUCGAGCGGCAUCCAAAGGUGGACGUGGUUCGCUACCCUGGGCUCGCCUCCUUCCCGCAGAAAGAGCUCGCCGACCGGCAGCACAUGAACGGCCUGCACGGCGGCAUGCUCUGGUUCGAGGUCAAGGGCGGCACCGCGGCGGGCCGCGCGCUCAUGGAUUCGAUCCAGCGGCCGUGGUCGCUCUGCGAGAACCUCGGCGCGCUCGAGUCGAUCUGCACGUGCCCCGCCGUGAUGACGCACGCAAACAUGCUCGCGGAAGACCGGCUCAAGGUCGGCAUCACGGACGGGUUUGUGCGGCUGUCGGUCGGCAUCGAGCACAAGGAGGAUCUCAUUGCGUCGCUCAAGGCGUCGCUCGACGCGCUCCCCGACGAGCUCGCCGACGAGGAGGCGCCGCGCGCCGCCGCGGCGUGAGCAGCAGCCCAUAUCUCGUCGGGGGGCACGAGGACCACGGCUGCAGCGUACCCACUUCUCGGCCGUUGGGAGCCCGCCCCACUUUCUCUCUGUCCUCGACGCGCAUGUAUUUCGGGUUUCGCGCCGCCCCGCUGAGCGCUGUGACGCUGACGGGGGUGUGUUGUCCGAAACUGUACCACUCGAUGCACAAUCUACAUAAAAGUACUGAAAAAU